GAGAUGUUAACAGCUGGUAGACACUCCUUUUCUCUUUAGGCGCUGCUCCGUUUCAUCCACACACUCAGGGAGAAUAACAGCCUGACGUCUGCCCGAUGGCUGAGAUAAAUACAACAGCAAAUCAGUCUCUAGAUGCCUUCAACACCUCAUGGGAAGGAGAGGCUUCAAGGGGGAUCGAAAUUACAGUCACCUCACUCAUAUUUCUGGUGGGCGUGCCUCUAAAUGGACUGGUUGUUUGGGCACUUGGACUGCGGCAGCGGCGUCACCUGGUCCGCAGAGGCAGUAACGAGGAAACGCACGCUGCCAACAGUUUCAGAAUAUACGUACUGAACCUGGCCCUGGCCGACCUGAUCCUGCUCCUGCGCACCCCUCUCAUGCUUGGCUACCUGAUCAACAUGUACAGCUGGCCAUUUGGAGAAUCUUUCUGUCGCCUGAUCAUGUUCCUGCGCGUUCUGGGGCUUUAUGCUUCGUCCUUCCUGCUGUGUGCUGUGGCCCUGGAGCGCUGCUUGUGUCUGCUGAGGCCGGUGUGGGCUCGACUUCGGCGACCCUACUGGGCCGUUCCCCUGACCUGUGGCAUUUUAUGGCUGAUGGCCUUCAUCCUGUCUGCCCCUUACAUCCACUUUGCCGUUCUGUUAGAAAAGAACGGGAAAUACCACUGCAUCGACAGCGGGGAGUUUAACUUGGGUUUGUUCAUUACAGAAACAAUAGCAGGUUUCAUGUUGCCCCUUGUGGUGUUCCUGGGAAGUAACCUGGCUGUUCUGGUCACCAUCAAUAGAACCAUGCCUCCAACACCCACAUCCUCAUCACCAAAGAUGACGCAGAGGAUGAAAAGGAUGUACCAUGUGCUCUUUGCCACCAUGCUCCUCUUCCUAACCUGCUGGGUGCCCUACUUUGUUUGUCGGUUUCUGCAGACCCUCACACCUAAAGAGUCUCCUCGCUAUGAGUCGUACAUAAAAGCAAAGUACAUCUCUUUGUUUCUGGUGUACCUCAAGAGCGCCACCAAUCCUGUGCUGUAUGUGUUUGCUGCCAGAGGCCUGGGCCGCGCCGUAAAAGCUUCGCUUGUCUCUACCGUCGAACGACUUUUUAAUGAAGACUCCUUUGAGUCCGUACGAAGAAAGUCACUCAAGAACUCGCAGAUCUAGCCAAGAGGUCACCCAUGUUUCAAUUUUGCUGAAAGUUUUUUUUGUAAAUUUUGUGAAAACUGUCGUCCCGUUUUGCUAAAAAAAAGCACUUUACGUCAAAUAUUUUAUGAAUGUGAGAUUUUUUUACAAUGUAUAUAAAAAGUAUGUUAAAACAGGUUUUCCUAAACCAGAUAAUAAAGUUUUAUUUUUGUUUAUCUUUAAGUCGAAUUUACUCACAAAGGAAGCGGGGGGAGGGGGAUAUCAAAUGUUUUCUGCAAUGAUUGUAAAAAAAAAAUCUGCAUGUUUUUCCCAUCUAAAUCUGAACAAAUGUGUGCUUUAAACUUGUUCUUUACUCAUAUUUUUAAUACAUUUUCAGUGGUCUCUAGUAGGAACGAAAGCCUGUUGCACCUGAUUCAGGAACUAGAAGUGAGCCAGAUCAGAGCUGAGCCGCACAAGAAAGGAUUUGGAGACUUUUUCCUGAUAUUUGGACAUCUCACCUCUGAUUGGCUAACAGCAAUGUGACUCUACCACUGACUCUGCUCUGCAACAUGGAUGUUUUAUCUCCACAAAUAACACAAGCCUGGAGUUCUGCUGUGUGGUGGGGUUACUAAUGCUAACGUUUAGCUUCUACUAGCAGAGGCGUUCUGCUGUUUCCUGGACGCUAAAACAACAACAGCCUUCCCCGUCAAGAUGGGUGAGUCCAUGAAUGUUAAGUGACAGUGUGACGUAGGUCUGACAGCCUUCGCUGUCUUCUUUCUAUCAGAAGCUAACGCAGGAGACUAUUUUCAUGUUCAGGCUGCAUGAAAAACUCAGAGUGACUGAUUUUAAUCAGAAAUAAUUAAAACAUGUUUAUUCAGUGAA